ACAUCAGCGCCAUCUUACGUUAUCUCGCCUAGAAAACGACAUCGUCUGUUUUGUACUGUAGUACAGUUUGCGUGAAAAUCCUCAAAAUAAUACGGAAUUGCAAAAAUUUUUGCUCGAGAAUUUUUGAAUUUUUGUGUAAAUUAGUAUGGUAGGUUUGUGUCGGUUAUGUGCCGCUGUGCGUAAAACGGAUAUGCUAAUUCCCAUGAGCGUAGAUGUUUGCCAAAAACUAAGACAGUGCUUUGCAAUGGAAAUGUGCCAACCUGAGGAUAAAUUGCCAAGACGUGCCUGUGCAAACUGCAUUGAAGCAUUACAAAAUUCCUUCACUUUUUUCAAGAAAUUACAGGAAGCACAGGAAACGUUGGCGUUAUUAUUCGACGAAUCCAAUAAAGAAUCUAGUGAAAAUAUUGGCGAAAUAUGUUUAAGAAUAAAUACUAAUAAUAAGUUGGAAAAGGAGGGGAAUACGAAGUGCGAGACUGCGGUGUUGAGCGCAGAUUUAAAAGAUGUUGCAGUGGGAAACAAUACAAACGGCGAUAGAUUACCAAUAUUACUCCCGACACAAUUCAAUGUGGAUAUUGGGCAAGAGAAUGCGGACUUCGAUGUGGUUGAAGUGUAUCCGGCUAUGGAUACAGAAGCUGAUUUUAAAGCUGAGAGUAUAGUAGAGGAAAGUGAUUGCAAAGGCGGGAAAAGUCCUGAUCAACUUUCCGAAAGUAGUAUGAAAAUUGAAACUUGGUUCCUGGAGGAAGAGGAAGAAGACUUUGAAAAGCAAGGGAACGAUGACGAAAACCAAAUAGAGCAGAACGAAAGUAACACCCUGGAUAAUUUUAAGCCUACGGUAAUUGAAAUUUUACAUACAUCAUACGAAGGCAACGGUAACGCGCAGCAACUUCCAGCAAAGACCACCGAUGAAAAUCACAUGCUUGAAUGGGGAACUUAUAAUUGGAUUUGCUAUUCUUGUCCAGAGAUCUGUGAUACAUUUUCUGCAUUGCUGUUGCAUUGCAAGGAGAAACACGACGUCGUUGACGCCAAUAAUAUGCAAUUUAAAUGUGCUGAUUGUCAGAAAAUAUGCACCCAUUAUAAUAAGUUCGUUAACCAUGUACGUUUCCGACAUCAUCCAGAAUUAAUUUUACGAUGCGACGCAUGCGAUGUUCAGAAAGAUAAUUGCACAGAAUUGGCGGUGCAUAGAGCUAUGUCUUGUAUGGCAGCGCAGUCAUAUCCUUCAAUAAAUUUAUGCAGCAUAUGUGGAAAGAGUUUCCUCAGUCUGAAUGCAACUUUGGUACAUGCGCGUCAUCAACACAGCGAUGGGAUUGGCGAUGAAAUCAGAUGGUAUCAGUGUGCUCAAUGUGAGAAGAAGUUCAAACGGAUUACUAAUCUGCGGGCGCAUGAAAAUAUUCAUUUGGGUCUGAAAGAAUUCGCUUGUGAAGUAUGCGAUCGAAAAUUUCAUCAGAAAUACAAUUUGGAAGCUCAUAUGCAACUACAUAUGAACGAAAGAGCGUACGAAUGUAAAAUUUGCAAGAAAAGUUUAAAAACCUCUGCAAGUUUGGAGAAACAUCAGCUAAUACACACAGAUAUUAAGAAUUUUAACUGUGAUUAUUGCAGUAAAGAGUUUCGCACGAAAGAUGAAAAACUUUCACAUCAGCGUAUACACACUGGCGAAAAACCAUAUAAAUGUCAGCAUUGUGAUCGAUGCUUUCGAUUUCGCAGUGUCUUAAUGGGUCAUAUUAGUGUGCACACUGGCGAGCGUCCAUAUUCAUGUGAGGAUUGCGGUCGUAAAUUUUCUAAUUGGGGGAACAUGAACAAACAUAUGAAGCGUUGUAAAAAGCGCAAAGAAAGUAGUUAAGCUUAGUAUACUGCUUAGGCUGGAAUAAGAAAUUGUAUAACAUGAUCUAAUAGCUCUAUUAUGUAUGGCAACUGGAGUCUAGUUACUGGUCUACUAGCCGUGGCAACCAGUAUCGUACUUUGUAUUAUGUAUAUCGAUUAAUAUCAGUCUACAGAAAAAUGCAGACAACAUCUGAAUUUACUUUUUUAAAAUGUACAUUUCGAAGUAAUUGGCAACUUUGCUCCAAUGUGUUUAACAAUCUAUAGUGGUAUUCACAAAAGCGAGCAAGUGGCCUGGCAGUUGACAGUUGACAACAGUCGUUGUUUGAGCUGAUCUGCUCUUUUGCCAGAGUGCCAGGCCACUUGCUCGCUUUAGUGAAUACCACUAUAAACUCA